GGUAACUUCCUGUGUAACCGGAAGUGAAUGAUGUAACGGUAACUAGCUUGAUGUACAAAAAAGACGGAAGAAAACGGUAAACUAAUGCUAACGGAGAAAAGGGAGAGAAAGACACGGUUAAAUUGUAUAAAAAUGAAUGGUUCUAGCUACAGUCGACAGGGCAACAAGCUCUUACGUUGGUUCGUUGUCUGAUACACGGCAAGGAAUAAUAAAGGUCAUUCAACAACCAUCAGUUCUGGCCUUCUCAGUUCGACUGGAUGCUACAGUAAGAGCUUGACCGCCGCCAUUUUGCUACACCAGGAGGGCUCAAGGUUUAACGGCAAUUCCCACAACGUCCAGCAGAUGCAGGUCAGAGAAUAAAACGAUGAAAGGCAUAAGGAAAAUAAAGUUAAAAGGGAGGAUUCAGAAGAAGACAUUAAUGAACAGUUUGCCAACAAAGAACAAAUUUUAAAUGAGCUGCAAGAUAAAGCUCAAAGUGACUCCGCGAUUCCAAGGCAUUCAGAAAGAGCCAAGGUGCCAACAGAAAAAAUGCUAACUUAUCAGAGAGAAGAGAUAAGUAAAAAAGAAAAAAAGACUAUUAACUCUUUAUGAACAAUGGAAAAUACGAGUGCGAGAAACAAGAGAAAGAUUAAAGUUGGACAUUUCAGAGAAAGAAAUGGCAGAUCUUGCAGAUGAUGUAAAGCAAAGAAAAGAUGAACUGCUAAAGUUGUACACUGAAAUGAGAAGUCACAUUGCACGUUCAUCAGACAUACGAAGAAAAACCGAUGCAUGUGAAGCAGUUACUCAUGACAUCGUGAAAGUCAUCCUGGAAAGAAUAAGUGGUGUAGAUGGAGAUUUUGAUGGAGAAUAUGAAAGAAAACGUCUACGGAGACUAUUAGAAUAUGAUUAUGCCCAGUCCAUCUAUGGUUCAACUGCAGCAUCGAAACGUAGCCAACUGUCUUCAGUCUCACAUCUUGCUUCAAAACGAGCAGAAGCAGCAGCAGAACUAGCAGCAAAGGAAGCGGAGUACAAGAUUGUAAAAGAGGAACAAAGACAAAAGGAGGUUGGAAGCCUACAACAGAGAGUUAUCGCAACUUGAUGAUGCAUAUUCAGUAAAGAUGGAAAAGGUGAACCCAGAGCACACACCCAAACACACUGUACGAUCAUACACCAUACCGGCGCCAACAGCCCCUCCUAGUGUCAGCCAGCUUGUACAGGCGGUACAAGACAGCAUAAGAAUAAAUAGACUUCCCACGCCAGAACCAACAAUGUUUAGUGGUGAGCCAAUAAAAUUUAUUGAAUGGAAAUCCACUUUCAUGUCACUUAUUGAACAAACUGGCAUGUCAGCAGCAGAUAAACUGUACUAUCUAAAAAGGUAUGUAACUGGCUCAGCUCACAGGUGCCUUGAAGGGACUUUCUUCAGAAAUGAUGAAGAAGCGUAUAACGACGUGUGGGCAAAGUUAAACCAAAGGUACGGCCAGCCAUUCGUGCUACAAAGGGCAUUUAGAGAGAAGUUAUCUAGUUGGCCUAAAAUACAGUCGAGAGAUGCUGAUAGACUCAGGAACUUUGCUGACUUUGUGAAUGCAUGCAUGCUUGCCAUGCCUCAUGUGAAAGGACUGCAAAUACUCAAUGACUGUGAAGAAAAUCAGAAGCUGUAGCUGUCGCAUUGAAAUGUAAUUAUUAUGUGAUUGCAAUGUUCAAAAUUUGGUGUUUAAUCUGGAUUCGUGUUGUGUUAUCGCCACCUACUGGUGGACCUGAGUGUGGCGCUUUGUGGUGCGCAUGCUUUGGGGUGAUGCUCAAUUAAGCGCACAUGUCACCAGAGACUGAGGGCUCGAGCCAGAAAGAGAAUGCUGGCUUGUGUAAAAGGUGGAAAUAUGGAAGAUAUGGACUACAAUUGCUCAUGAAUGUUCAGUAGAAAGGCGCACACGGUAUGUUGGUGCAUUUACUUUGUGUGGAUGUUUUAUUUGAGUUGUAAUUUUUGUUCUGCUGAUGUAAUAUCUGUGUUUUUCAUUGAUCAUUUCACCAUAGUUUUUCACGGUGUUUGCUGGUGAAAAGAAGAUUAAAAUACUGGCUGAACAUCAGUUGGAGCAUGGCCCUUUAUUCUACUUCGAACAUGAAAAACCUUCAGGAGCAGUUACAGAAACUGUUACAUAAACUGCCAGACUGGAUAAACACAAGAUGGAAUAGGCAUGUAACAAAGAUACUCAGGGAUGGUGGUGAAUUUCCCAGCUUCAGUGAAUUUGCCUCCUAUCUCUCACUUGAAGCAGAAGUAGCAUGCAACCCAGUCACUUCCAUACAUGCACUUCGCUCCACGGAAACAAAUGAUGACAAAAGAAACACAAGAGAAGUCAAAAGAAACAGGGCAAAUGUAUUCAGCAUUAACACAACUGAACGAGAUGCAAAGACUAAAAUACACAACAGUUCUUCAUGCACACUGUGCCAAGAGUCGCAUCCACUUAUAAAGUGCCCAAACUUCCUGCAAAUGACCCUGGAAAUGAAAAUGAAACAUGUAAAGGAUAAUAAACAUUGUUAUGGUUGUUUAAAGCAAGGUCAUAGUGCUAAGGACUGCAGACGGCGCCUCACUUGUGAAACCUGCUCUAAGAGACACCCGACCUGUCUUCACGAUGAGAACUACAGCAUUAGUCUGCAAAGAGAAAGGCAAGAUCAAGUGAGUAUGGACAACGCAACACAAGGGAACUCACCUGAAAGUGCAACAGCCAUGGCGUUAAAUGUUGCUAGAGCAGAACACACAGUCAGUACCUCCAUGAUAGUCCCAGUAUGGGUCUCAACGGCUGCUAAUCCACAAAGGGAAAAACUAAUCUAUGCACUACUAGACACACAGAGUGACACUGUUUUUAUAGAUCAGGAUGUAACACAGAAACUGCAAGCAAAUGUGUGCCCUGUAAAACUCAGACUAACCACAAUGAUGGGUAAAAAUGCAGUAGUAAGCAGCGGAAAGGUGUGUGAUCUUCUGGUGAGAGGCUCCCAACUGCCUACACAAGGGACUAUAUACCUGCAAACAGAGAACACAUACCAAGAUGUGACACAGCAAAACUGUGGAAUCAUUUGUCAUCCAUUGUAG